GUUUAGGGUUUUAUGUCAUUGGUAAAUUUUCAAUGGGGGUGGGAGGGAGUUUUUGGGAAUUACUGAAACCCUAUGCCCGACCCGAAGGCUUCGAUUACAUCCGAAACAAACGGGUGGCUGUGGAUCUCUCUUUCUGGAUAGUCCAACAAGAAACCGCCACUAAAGCCAAUGUUCGGAACCCUCACCUCAGACUCACUUUCUUCCGUACGAUAAAUCUCUUCUCUAAGUUUGGCGCGUUUCCGGUGUUUGUUGUGGAUGGAACUGCGUCGCCCUUGAAAUCUCAGGCAAGGAUUGCACGGUUCUUCCGUGGUUCUGGAAUUGAUUUGUCGGGUUUGCCGGUGGUUGAGGAGGGUGUUUCGGUGGAAAGGAAUGCCGAAUUCUCAAGACGCGUUCAAGAGUGUGUUGAACUGCUUGAACUUCUUGGUAUUCCUGUACUGAAAGCAAGAGAAGAGGCUGAAGCUCUUUGUGCCCAGUUAAAUAGUGAAGGCCAUGUAGAUGCUUGCAUCACAGCUGACAGUGAUGCAUUCCUCUUUGGGGCUAAAUGUGUGAUAAAAUGCCUCCGACCCAAUUGCAAGGAACCCUUGGAAUGCUACCACAUGUCAGAUAUUGAAGCUGGUCUUGGCCUGAAGAGGAAACACUUGAUAGCCAUCUCUCUUUUGGUUGGCAAUGACUAUGAUUUAAAUGGGGUACAAGGGAUUGGGCUUGACACUGCUGUUCGUUUUGUCCAAGGCUUUAGUGAAGAUGAGAUUCUGAAUAGGUUACAUGAAAAAGGCAAUGGGGCAACUAUGUUUGAUGGGGCUGUUAAAUCUAUGGAUGAUUCUAUUCCCUGUUUGGAUGAGAGAUCACCAAGGCCAAAAGUUCCUCAUUGUUCCACCUUUCCUAUGAAGGGCUGCUUGGAAAAACCAGAGGGGUUUGCAUGUGAUUGCUCCAUCUCUGACGUGGACCAUAAGGAAAAGGAACAAAAGAAGCAAGAGAUGGAUGAUUCCAUACCCAGUUUAGAUGAGAGGUCACCAAGGCCAAAAGUUCCUCAUUGUUCCAUCUGUGGGCAUCCAGGUCGCAAGAAAUCUCAUCUCAAGUUUUCUUGUGAUUUUUGUGGCACCUUUCCUAGGAAGGGCUGCUUGGAAAAACCAGAGGGGUUUGUAUGUGAUUGCUCCACCUGUGACAUGGAUCGAAAAGAAAAGGCACAGAAGAAGCAAGAAAAUUGGCGGUUAAGGGUUUGCAAAAAGAUUGCCAUGGAGCAGAAUUUCCCAAAUAAUGAGAUUAUUGAAUUGUAUUUGAGCAAUAACCAUGGGCAUUUUACUGAAAAUGAUGGACCUCAUAUAUCAUGGGAAAGCCCAAAAACAGAGGUGCUUGUUGAUUUCUUAGCUUAUCAUCAGCAUUGGGAGCCGUCUUAUAUUCGUCAAAGGAUGCUUCCUAUGUUGUCUACCAUCUUCUUCCGAGAAAAGGCUUUGAAUCCAACGAAUACGUUGCUAUAUGGGCAGUAUGAGUUUGAUUCUAUUCAGCGUGUGAAGGUAAGGUUUGGGCAUCAAUUUUUUGUGGUCAAAUGGAAGAAGGCUGUACAUGCAAUGGCUAGUGUUACCUAUACAAUCCCUGGUGACUCUGAUAUAGAGCAAGUGAAGCUAACAGAAGUUGAUGAAUCCAUUGAUCUAUUGGAUGAGUGCAAUGUUCCUCAGAUUCAUGUUGAUGAUGGGUGCUGGUUUUUGUUGACCGAUGAGAAUAUGGACUUAGUUCGGGCUGCUUUUCCAGAGGAAGUUAACAGAUUUCUGCUGGAAAAGGAACUGAAAGAAUCAAAAAGAAGAAAUAAGUCUGGUUUAAGAUCUGAAGGGGUGGAAGAAAUGCCAGAUUCGCCAAAAUCAAAAGGAGUCCAGCUAAGUAUUACUGAAUUUUACCGUUCAGCAAAAGUAAUUUUUCAUGAAAAACCAGGAGAAGAUUCAGCUGGGAAUUCAGAUGCCCAGGGUAGAGAGACCUCAACUGAAAAGAGAAAAGCCUCGGAUUCAAAGCUUUCCAAGUCUGUUAGACGACGCCUUUUGUUUGGUUAGGGUGUGAUGGUACUUCUACCUUUGGGAAAUUUGCUUUUGUUUGGUUAACAUGUAAAUUUGAUUCGCUUGUAGCCCUCGAGUCUUGUUCAGCUGUGCAUAGUCUGGUUCUGACAUUUUGUAACUAAAAUCAGAUUAAACUGAUAGAAUGUAGAUAGUUAGCAGUCUUUGCCCUCUAAUUGUCCUUUGGACUGUUCGUAUAAUGACUUGCUCCUUUCCA